GUCAUCUUGUGGUGUGGCAAACCGAAUUCAGUAUAAUUCAUUUGGAUGCUUCUCAGUCCUCUCUCUUCCCCGCUUUAGUAUCAGCGUCUGUAGGUUCAGCUCUGCCUCCUUCCUCCUUCCUCCGUCCUCCGCCCAUUCUGUUGUUCUAGGGUUUUGCUCCAUUUCUCCACUCGCAAAACCCUUCAAUGGGAAUUUCGUAGCGUUGACCCGAAUUUCAGUUUCCAUAUCGCGACUUUAAAUCAUUAACAUUUUCGUUGAUCUCUUCAAUCAUGGUUGGGAAGAUCGAGCCUGUCAAUGGUUCUGUUAAAUCUGGAUCGAAUAAUCCGACCAACUCUGCAACGAUGACUUCCAAUGCCAAAUCCGAUCUGUUGAACAGUUUGUCCUUCAAAUCAUUUAAGCUCAAGACCAAGCAACAGGAGCUUCUGAUCCGCGUCUCAAUCCUUUUCCUCGUCUAUGUUUUGGCCUUCAUUACUAGGCUCUUUAGUAUUCUGCGGUAUGAGUCGAUGAUCCAUGAGUUUGAUCCCUACUUCAAUUACCGAACUACGCUCUUUUUGACGCAGAAGGGCUUUUAUGAAUUCUGGAAUUGGUUUGAUUCUGAGAGUUGGUACCCUCUUGGUCGAAUCAUUGGAGGGACGCUCUAUCCUGGACUUAUGGUCACGGCCGCUAUUAUCUACUGGGGGCUGCGGUUUCUGAAGUUUGCUGUGCAUAUUCGUGAGGUCUGUGUUUUGACGGCUCCAUUUUUCGCAUCAAAUACUACAUUGGUUGCUUACUUUUUCGGGAAAGAAAUCUGGGACUCGGGUGCUGGGCUUGUUGCAGCCGCUUUGAUAGCUAUUUGUCCAGGUUACAUUUCUAGAUCUGUUGCGGGAUCGUAUGAUAAUGAAGGGGUUGCCAUUUUUGCGUUGUUGUUGACAUUCUAUCUAUUCGUGAAGGCGGUGAAUACUGGAUCUCUUGCUUGGGCUCUAGCCUCGGCUUUUGGGUAUUUUUAUAUGGUUUCGGCGUGGGGUGGCUAUGUAUUUAUAAUUAACCUGAUUCCACUUUAUGUGCUGGUUCUUCUGAUUACGGGAAGAUACUCAAUGCGAUUGUACGUGGCGUAUAAUUGUAUGUAUAUCUUGGGAAUGUUGCUCGCCAUGCAAAUUCGUUUUGUUGGUUUUCAGCAUGUUCAGUCUGGGGAGCAUAUGGCUGCGAUGGGCGUCUUCUUCUUGAUUCAGGUAUUUUACUUCUUGGGCUGGGUGAAGUACAUGCUCAGUGAUACCAAACUGUUUCAAGCCUUCUUGAAGAUCACGGUAACUAGUGCAGUUGCUGUGGGUAUUGUUGCUUUGGGAGUUGGCACUGCGUCAGGGUAUAUAUCCCCAUGGACUGGCCGGUUUUAUUCUCUUUUGGAUCCAACAUAUGCAAAAGAUCACAUACCUAUAAUAGCAUCUGUCUCCGAGCAUCAACCAACAGCUUGGUCAUCUUUCAUGUUUGACUUCCACAUUUUGCUUUUCCUUUUCCCAGCUGGUCUCUACUUUUGCUUCAAGCGCUUGUCAGAUGCAACGAUUUUCAUAGUCAUGUAUGGUCUCACUAGCAUGUACUUUGCUGGAGUUAUGGUAAGAUUAAUUCUUGUUGCUACACCUGCAGUAUGUCUUAUCAGUGCUAUAGCUGUCUCUGCUACAAUAAAGAACUUGACCCAAUUAGUGAGGGCUAAACCAAAGGUUUCUCAGAUUAGUUCUAGUAAAGGAGUCAGCAAUGUGAAGAGUUCCUCUAAGGGAUCACUUGAUCAAUCCCAGCCUUUCCAAAAGAAUGGUGCUAUUGCCUUACUCUUUGGUGCUUUUUACUUGCUUUCAAAGUAUGCGACCCACUGUACAUGGGUCACCUCAGAAGCUUAUUCAUCUCCAUCAAUUGUCUUGGCUGCCCGGGGUGCUCAUGGGAACAGGGUUAUCUUUGAUGACUACCGUGAGGCAUACUUUUGGCUCAGACAGAAUACUCCUCAGGAUGCUAAGAUAAUGUCGUGGUGGGAUUAUGGUUACCAGAUCACAGCAAUGGGAAACAGAACUGUCAUUGUUGACAACAAUACCUGGAAUAAUACACACAUUGCUACUGUUGGACGUGCUAUGUCUUCUUACGAAGAUGAGGCAUAUGAAAUAAUGAGAUCACUUGAUGUUGAUUACGUGCUCGUUGUCUUUGGUGGUGUGACUGGCUAUUCAUCGGACGAUAUUAACAAAUUUUUGUGGAUGGUGAGAAUUGGAGGUGGUGUUUUUCCUGUAAUUAAAGAGCCUGAUUAUCUGGUAAAUGGAGAGUAUCGAGUUGACAAAGGGGCAGCUCCAAAGAUGCUGAAUUGUCUAAUGUACAAGCUUUCAUAUUAUCGUUUUGGAGAGUUAGUAACAGAAUAUGGAAAGCCUCCUGGGUAUGAUCGUGCUCGAGGAGUUGAAAUUGGUAACAAGGAUAUCAAACUUGAGCACCUGGAAGAGGCGUUCACCACAUCGAAUUGGAUAGUUCGUAUUUAUAAAGUAAAACCACCCAAUAACAGGUGGUGAUUGCUCUCUCCCCCACCCCCCCAACCACCACCCUCUUUGGAACGGCUACGAGUGAGAUAGAACUCUGAGCGAGAGAGUCUUGACAUAGUGUUAUUUCUAGGGAAAGAAAGUAAACUGGAAUUUUGCUUACAACUUGAGCUGUAGUAUUGAAUGCGUCAAUAUUUUGAAGUCUUUUCUGAGAUUCACAAUGGAUUCCUUUCUUUAUGAUUGAAAAA